CAACGCCAAAGCGAGCUGUCAAGCGCCACAUAAACCUCACUCCUAUCGACGCGGUUUUCAUGAGCAAGCAAAACAAGCUUUCCAUGUUUUAUUUGCGGGUGGUGCCACUGCAGCACAGAGCAACAUCAAGUGCAAUCCCUCAGUGACUGUCCCACAGCUCCCACACUCAAGCCAGUGUUUCAGAUCUGGAGUGUUUGAACAUGAAAGGACAAAGCACAGGCAGCGUCAGGCAGGACCUCUCAGCGCCCCCACUGGUAGGUGUGGAAGGUUUGGAGCCCAGGCCUCUGGACAAGGCCGUGUCCUUCACUGAUGAGGCUGUGUCCAUUCUGACCUCCACUAACCAGCUCACCCGAGCCCUCCUGGGCCGUACCUCUGCUCUCAAACGCAAAGAGCAAUCAGCCAGCACCAGCACUGACAGCACGGCUGGUAGCAGCUGUGACGACGAUGGCAGUGCCUCACGCCGCAAGCGGGAGUUCAUCCCAGAUGAGAAGAAAGACGCAUGCUACUGGGACAAACGGCGCAAAAACAAUGAGGCAGCCAAGCGGUCACGGGAGAAGCGACGUGCCAAUGAUAUGGUGCUGGAGACACGCGUCCUGGGCCUCUUGGAGGAGAACGCCCGGCUGAGGGCUGAGCUGCUGGCCCUUAAGUUGCGCUUUGGCCUGGUAAAGGACCCAUCUGAUGUGACCAUCCUGCCACUCUCUGCACCCUCCUACACCCAGCUGACGCCCCCUACAACACGAUACUACCAGUCCCAAGCUGAUGGCCCAUCAUACCACAGUACGCAGUCCAACAGUAGCACCCACCCUAUUCAGCCUCAGCCUCCGCAGCAAGACACCAUGUAUGGGCUAAGGGGAGCCGGGGGUCCCAUCCAGCCCAGUAUGGCCAGUGUGUCCGAGGACUCGGGCUUCUCCACUCCAGGGAGCUCAAAUGUGGGCAGCCCUGUGUUUUUUGAUGAUGGACUUGGUGAGCCCAACAGACCCUCCCCUAGGCAGGUGGUGGAGGAGCAGCAGGGCUACGAGCCUCAGCACUGCCCCCUGGAGGUCAGUGAGGAGCACUAUGUGGGAAGGCCCGACUCUGGGGAGGGGUUGAGGAGCCUCCCACACAAGCUCCGCUUCAAGGCCCCCAGUGGAGGCAGCGAGGGAGGCGAGGGGUCCCUGUCCCCUGACAGCAGACAUAGAUGCCCACCUGUAGCCACAGUGGGGCCAAACAUCCAGCUGAGGAGCCAGCCGCAGACCACAUGGGACAGCAGGCCGGAGAGUCAGGCUCCUUGGCCGAGGGAGGAGGCCUGUAGUGGGCCUGAGCAGCAAUAUCAGGGCCCCGCUUCAGCGUGCUACAGCUCCUUGCCUCCACAGACCUCCAGAGACACCAAGUGCAUGCCAGAGGGCAACAGCCUCAGAUCCCAGAUCAGCUGUCUCUCUCAAGAGGUGGCUCAGCUCAAGAAACUCUUCUCUCAGCAGCUGCUCUCCAAGCCCGACUCCUCGUGCUUCACUUGCCAACAGUAGAGGAACAGAAAGAGGAGCGACUCCAGACUCAUGCUCAAUGACAGACUCACAUCACACCUUUCAGAAUGAUGCUUAAUGAUACUGUAUCUUAUAGACAGCACACCAGAGCAUGGAAGACUGAUAGGGGGAAAAAACUGCACAAAUACUUACCUCUUAAAAUGUUUUUUAAAAAAUGCAUUGAAGUCGUACAUAUCAUCGUAUCUUCAUGCACUCCAGUCAAAGAUGCUCCUCACGUUUGCAUUUUUUUUUUUUAAAAAUAGCAUGGCUCAUCAGCCUUCCAUAUAAAAUUAGCCUGUUCUCACUAACCAUAUCACUUGCUCAUUAUAACAUUGUUUUUUAAAAUGCUCCACAUUAUGAGUAUGUGCUUACAUACCACACAAUCAUCUCCAAACAAAGCUAUCCAAAUAUAAGGAACUUUAUUGGCCAUAGUGCUUGAAGAAACAAUGAAAGUACCUCUUCAACAUAUGAUUUUAUACCCUAUAAGGUGGUAAUUGAUGACUGUGUUGGCAAGUAUUUUGCAAGAUGUUUUUUGCUCCAUCGGCCUUCCAUAGAAUAGCACCACUGCCUGACGGCUUACAGGCAAACAGCUACCUCUGAAGUGACAUUCAUGAUACACUCACUGUUGGUAUGGUCAGUAGUAAGGUGUGGAACCUGGAUUGCUUUACUUCCCUCACAGCAUGUUUCACUCAAAAAUUUACAUUAGUGACCUAAUGUAACACACCAGCACAGAAAAUACCAACACUUAACUUAAAAUGUUUACUGACUUGACUUCAGAGUGAUUUUUUUUUUUAAAGCAAAUUCAUAACAUGAUCUUUGUUCUUGUAUUCAUCAGUAUUCCCGUUGAUUUUUUAAAGAUGUACAUAUUUGAAUACUUGAACAGGUCAGUUAGAAACACUGGAAGAGCAUAGUACAGACUUUACUGAACCACAAAGCAAAGCAACACACUUGUAUAGUUUGUAACAUCUUCGACUUCCCUCUCCAAUGUUCACCAGUUUCAAAUGUGAUUCCCUGCCUUUGUAUUCUUUAUGCGUUGCUCACUGUAUCUGUUUUAGAAAAUCUUAUGACAGUGAAGCUAAGCAUAGCACUGUGUAUUUAAUCACAGCUCAGAAGCAACCAAUAAAGCAAACUGUACUUGGAAAUAAAUAUAUUUUUUAUAUGA